CACCAUUGGAGCAGCAGAGAGUGACCACAAGCGAAUAUCGCAAUGAGGCACAGCCGAUCAUAAUUGGAUAAAUCACAUUGGUCUUUUCCGUUUUGUAGUGUUAGUAGUAGUGACAUUUUCAGUUGCCUCUGAGAACAUCUGCUACAGCGAGUUCAGAACAAAACCAGUGGUCUGGAACGCAUCUCCGCAAAUCGGUUAGUCCGUCAAUUGGCACCGUAUCCGCUCGAUUGGUGCAGAGAGAUUAGGUUGAUCAGUCGCAUAACUUUCGAUAGCGAUCGCAAAGUGAAUGAAUCAUAAUCAUGUCGUAAUCCGUACCGGAUCAGUGUAGUGUCGCACAUACAGGUAAAACCAAAACUUUAUUUCAACCUAACGUCAUCAAACACACGACUACUGAAGAACCCUUCUCUACCGGCCAACAUCAGACGCUGGGUCCGUACAAUUCUCAAGACUACGAAUCAGGCCAUGCCUGUCUUCGCACAAUGAAACUAGUAAAACAAUACUCAACGACAACCACCGGCUGUAAAAGGCUGGUAACUUCCUGUUUGGUACUACUAGCGUUAAGCAGCAUACCACGGCCAGUGCAAUCGCAGGGAGUUACAGUAGCCAGCGUAAUUUCGGUGGUGCAACUUGGCAGGGAGAUUAUAGGUAGCAUAAUCGAAACAUGGGACCUAAUGGAGGACGUCGGUGACAUCCAUCUACCGUUCAAGCGCAGCAAGGACGAAAGAAUCUUACGGAAGAUGCUUGAACUGAGCCAGCAAAUCGCUGAGAGCGAACAUCAGAUCCUCAACACGGCCGAGAUGACGGUCGAAGUAAUACUGAAACAGUUUUCAAUCGAGUCGCGACUAGAAAACAACUUGCAGGAACUAGCGGACCUCAUGAAUCGGAUUAGUCAUCGGGAGCGGGUGAUGCGAUCGUACGUGGAGUCUGACGAAAAAAUCGAACAGCUUACCCUGGAAUCGUUCGCUCGCAGUACCAUCGCGCAAGAUGUCAACAGUGUGCCGGAGUUGCUCUCACGCAUUGAUCUACUCGUGAGCGGCUCCCGCGAUUUGCCCUUCAAAAAGCCGGGAAUAUUAGAGCUGUUGCAGUAUGCUACUGAUGAAGCGAAAUCAACGAUAUGCAGCUUUGGAUUGUCAGCACAGCAAGUGCUGUACCAGCUGUACAACGCGAUCUCAAUCACCGAACUGAAGGGAUACUCGAUGAUGCAGUUCUCGUGGAUGCUGCUCAAGGCCUAUGGAAAAGGUAAUUUCACUGCGGAAGCAAAACUAAUGCGACGCCGCUUCGAAGACCGCACCAACCGGACCCAGAUGCUGCUGCAGCGGGUCAUGCAGCAAGCCAGUCGCGAAUACUGGCGAUGCGAUCCGGAACGAAGUCAACAGAAAGAGGGUGAAACGUUUCUUCAGUUCACCCGACUUCUGCAGGGCUACGUGGAGAAUGAAGUCGACAUGAACACGGACAACACGUGCAAGGAGAACUGUGCGUACUACAACUGGGGCGUCAAGCAGGAACAGUGCUACAAGGAUAUGUACUGCUCGAAACAGCCGAAAUGUGCGGGAAAAAUCUACAGCUGCGAUUACAUGGACUCGGACAUGUGGAUCUGCCCGGCCGCUACUAGUAGCAGCCGGCGGUACGAGUAUAUUGAGUACGAGAACGGUUUAACGCUGGGUCAGAAAAAACACUGCAGCCGAGGAACAACCAAGGUGGAUUCUUGGUGGAGAUGGCUGUUCUGGCAUUGCAGUUACUGUUUCUGUUUGUGCGACGACGCUGGCCCGCGUUCGGAUCGAUAUAUCAACAUGAGACAGUCGGUGUCGGAUGUCAUGAAUAAUAAAGUCGUAACUGGAUUACGUUUCGUAAAGAAAAAUCGCAUCGUUCAUUUGAUUGUGCAGCAAGGAACCCUCCUCCCUCGCGGACAGAUUGAUAAUACUACUCUGGAGUGGUUAGAAGCAGAUUCGUACAACAUGCUGUCACCAAAUGUUCGCAACGGACGGGACUAUCACACAUUAAGCUAUGAUAAUCGAAUUCUAGAUUUAGAUGACCUUGAAGUUUUGCCAUCCUACGUGCUAACGGGAGUACGAUUCCGUCUGCUAGGAUCCCAUCUUAAUCUAGAAAUACGAAUGACUGAAAUGGACUUCGCCACCGGAAAGCUAGUUGACCCAGACAAGAGCAUCUGGAUAGGCAGCGAUAAGACCGAGCAUAGCACGGAUCAGCGAACCGAAAUCAAACUGGAUCGUCCGCACGUCCCAUUGCUGACACCAUCGAAAUCGAUUCCGGAUUCGGUCAGCAACCAGUUUAUUCGUUUCCGCGAAAGUGAUCGCGGUAUGGAUGCGUCUCAAACGACGGUGCCAUUCUUAGACGCACAACCGGUGGCGCCGACUAAACCUGUCCCACUGGCCGGGGCAGGAUUGUUCCACAAGGGAAGGCCAAAAUUUGGUGGCUUCGUAACGCCGAAAGUGCUUACGUACGACUUCGGACCACAUGUUCAACCACCGAUCGAACAAGUCAUUGCUGAAGAGCGGCAGUCAAGGGGCUGAGGAAGUGAGUUGAAAAAUAGCAGUAUGUACCAUCCGUUGAGAGCUAAACUAGUGAAGCGAUAGUCUUUAGCUUCUAAGUAAGUCCGCUAUCGCGACAUAAAGAUAUAUAAGAAAUAUAAUUAUAAAACUGUAUGUGCUAAUAAAACAUAAAAAUUGUCCAAUGUU